GGGUGGCUCCUCGUUAAGCCGUCUGUGAUCCUCGCAGCGUCUCUGGCUCCGAGACCUGUUGAAUCCCAGUUCGCGCCCCUGCGGCUCGGCAGCCGGCAGCGCCGAAGCUGCGAGAAUCGCCCGUGGAAACUUGCAGCGGGUGGAGAGGAGGCGGCGGGAGAGCCGGGCCGGGGAGGGACCACCGCGGGCUGCGACGGGCUUCCCGCGCUGCGGUGAAGGCUGGCCUUGGAGGGCUGCGCGAGGUGGGCUCGCUCGCUCUCCGCACCGGGUGGCCGCCAGCCCGGGGCCAGGACCAACCCCUACGGGAGGAGCACGUGUCGGUGUUUUAGAGAGCGCCGGGCCGGUGUUCACCUGCUAGCCAGCAUACCUGCCCAUGAGUCUUUGAGAACAGUACAAUGUCCCUUUGUGCUUCUCCUCACAAAGAGUUUCCUCAGCUGUUACCUAUUCAAGACAUGGAUAUCAAAAACUCACCAUCUAGCCUUAACUCUCCAGCUUCCUACAACUGCAGUCAAUCUGUCCUACCCCUGGAGCACGGCCCCAUAUAUAUACCUUCCUCCUAUGUUGAGAGCCGCCAUGAAUAUUCCACCAUGACGUUCUACAGCCCUGCUGUGAUGAAUUACAGCGUUCCCAGCAGUGCCAGUAACUCAGAAGGUGGACCCGGUCGACAGACCACAAGCCCGAAUGUGCUGUGGCCAACUCCUGGACACCUCUCUCCCUUAGCGAUCCAUUGCCAGUCGUCACUUCUGUAUGCAGAACCUCAAAAGAGUCCUUGGUGUGAAGCAAGAUCACUAGAACCCACCUUACCUGUAAACAGAGAGACACUGAAAAGGAAAGUUAGUGGGAGCAGUGGUGCCAGCCCUGUUACUAGUCCAAGUUCAAAGAGGGAUGCUCACUUCUGUGCGGUCUGCAGCGAUUACGCAUCUGGAUAUCACUAUGGAGUCUGGUCGUGUGAAGGAUGUAAGGCCUUUUUUAAAAGAAGCAUUCAAGGACAUAACGAUUACAUUUGCCCAGCUACAAACCAGUGUACAAUAGAUAAGAAUCGGCGCAAGAGCUGCCAGGCCUGCCGGCUCCGGAAGUGCUAUGAAGUGGGGAUGGUGAAGUGCGGCUCCCGGAGAGAAAGGUGUGGGUACCGUGUUAUGCGAAGGCAGAAAAGUUCCGAUGAGCAGCUGCACUGUCUGAGCAAAGCCAAGAAAAAUGGCGGACAUGUGACCCGAGUGAAGGAGCUGCUGCUGAGCGCCCUGAGCCCGGAGCAGCUGGUGCUCACGCUCCUGGAGGCAGAGCCGCCCCAUGUGCUCGUGAGCCGCCCCAGCACACCCUUCACUGAGGCCUCCAUGAUGAUGUCACUGACCAAGCUGGCCGACAAGGAGCUGGUGCACAUGAUUGGUUGGGCCAAGAAAAUUCCAGGCUUUGUGGAGCUCAGCCUCUAUGACCAAGUGCGCCUCCUGGAGAGCUGCUGGAUGGAGGUCCUAAUGGUGGGGCUGAUGUGGCGCUCCAUUGACCACCCGGGCAAGCUCAUCUUUGCCCCCGACCUCGUUCUGGACAGGGAUGAGGGGAAAUGCGUAGAAGGAAUUCUGGAAAUCUUUGACAUGCUCUUGGCAACAACUUCAAGGUUCCGUGAGUUAAAACUCCAACACAAAGAGUAUCUCUGUGUCAAGGCCAUGGUCCUCCUCAACUCCAGUAUGUACCCUUUGGCCGCAGCAAGCCAGGAGGCUGAGAGCAGCCGGAAGCUGACUCACCUGCUGAAUGCGGUGACCGAUGCUCUGGUCUGGGUGAUUGCCAAGAGCGGGAUUCCCUCCCAGCAGCAGCCCGUGCGCCUGGCUAACCUCCUGAUGCUCCUCUCUCACGUUCGACACGCCAGUAACAAGGGCAUGGAACACCUGCUCAACAUGAAAUGCAAAAACGUGGUCCCAGUCUACGACUUGCUGCUGGAGAUGCUGAACGCCCACACGCUUCGCGGGCACAAGUCCUCGCUUGCUGGGGCUGAGUGCAGCACAGCAGAGGAGAGUAAGAGCAGGGAGGGCUCCCAGAAGCACCCGUCCCAGUGAUGCCCAGUCUGAGGCGAACAGGCCACAGAGGAGGUCAGAGGCCGAAGUGUGACCUCCAGUGCAAACCGUGAGCUCUGUCUGGGAUGGGCAGGCUUCGUCGUCUUGCUCGUGUCGUCCCCCCUUUGGUUAUGGCAGGCCCAGCCGGGUACCAUCCUGCACCCGAAUGCCUCGCUUCCCAGAGUCGGGUGAGAAAGCCGCAGUGUUCCCUGGUUCCGGGGGGCAUGUCCAGUGCCGAUGUCACCUCAUGCUCAGCCUCUUAGGAUCUCAGUGUGGUCCUUUCUUACUUCUCAUCUCCCUUCCGCCCCUCUGGAAAACAUCUUAAAGGUUUGGGAAUGAAUGGUGGAAAUCCGCUGUGCAAGGUGUAUAGAGAGGGGCGACGCUGGGGCCCAUAUGGAAGUGGACUAACCUUUAUCGGGCAGCCCAACCUGCCCUUACACAGACCUCCAUUUGCUCUCUUCAGGGCCACUGGAUGGUAGGAUGGAAAACCAUGGCAGUGAAUGAACUAGUUCCACACACUUAUGUCACAGGCCUGUGAGGACUGAAGUCACAUAUUGCUAUUACUGUCGAAGGCUGGAGGGAUCGUGACCUGGGGAGCCAGUGGUCGGGCUGGGAGGUGAGCCACACCCUUCCCUUAGACCUUGCUGCCAUCUCCAUAGCGUUUCAUUCCUCUUGAUUUGCAUUCAUAGAGCCUGCUCAUUAUUUGGGGUGCAUUUAUGUGUUUGAUCACUUUUAUGGAGGAUUGUGGAGAUUUAAAUCUCUGUCCCUUCCUUAAAACUCCUGUCCCAAGGAGCUCAGUGUGUGCUGGAGAAAGGCCCAGCAUUUGCAGGAACGGGUUUCUCCCGUCGGUCGGGGCAGCCACAAGUGCCACAUCAGCCAUCCAGAUGGGGACGUGUCAGGCUGUGUAGACUUGGUAAGCAUAUCACUUUCAGGAGACCUGGUUUGUGAAUUCUACUUUAGAAAAUAUCUAGGGAUAGUUAUUUAUAGCAAGAAAGAAUUCUUUUACACCGUAGCGCUCUUUUAAACUAUUUUCUUAUCAGAACAUUUAUAUGGCGAGCUAGGUGAAAUGGAAACUUCAUAGAAGAGUAUUCAUUCCUAUUCCAAGUGGGACAUAGAUAGGACAAGAUGAUAAAGCACGUCUGGAAUUACAAUUUUAACUCACUUUUAAAAAACUGAAAUCUUCAGGAACAUAGUGAACGUAUUAAAGGGGUUACAUCUAUAUCUUGGCAGUGAGUGGUUACAUCCAUGUUUGAUUUUUGUGAGGAUGUUUUGAAAAACUACCUUGUGAUCGAUGAAACGCAUUCUCUUUUUGAAAAUGGGUUUACUUGGGCUGGCAAAAUCUGUAUUUAUUAAGUCAUCAGGAAGAUUAAAUUCGGUUAUGAAGGUUGGUUUCUGCUAGGGAGUCCUUAAAUAAUUCUUAGUUUUGGUAUUGGUGCAGAUUUACUACAAGCUGAGCAGAGCUGUCUCAGAAACACUCGGACACAGACCUAGGGAGUGCACGCCGUUGUCUGUAUUCCGAGUUGGUCUGAAAUGAUUCCUCGUGGUUCAGUGUUGCAGCCUAGGUGAGACUCGGUGCAGAACGCAUGCGUUGCAUUUUACGGGAACCAGGGAACAUCCAGAAGGUCGAGUUUCUCUCUCUCUGGCCAGCCUAGACCCGCACCCCAACAAACUGAAGUUACAAGGCUAGAGAACAGGAAGUGGGAGGCAAGGGAGGCCGUCUUGAACAAGUAUCUGCUGGUGAAAUUCUCUUAGUUAUACUUACAAGGAGAUUACCAGAAUGAGGUCUAAGGCACUGCCACAGUGGCGGAUAGGGACUGACGUAUUUUAGGUUGGAUUUUGUAGAGACCAGAUUGGUCUCAGGGGGCGAAGCAGCUUUCCAUACCAAAUCCCGCGCUUGCCUGAGCUGGUGCGUGUGCUAGUGAGCUCUUCCAGGGCCCACUGCUCGUUUCCUAGUUAUUCUUGCAUGCUUUGCGAGGCUGCCCGCUUCCCUGCAUUUGGAGUUAGCCCAUGAGGGGGCUGUUAAUACUUUUUAGGUCAUUUCUUCUUGGCUCAGACUGCCACAGUGGCGUGCUGGGGAUAGAGGUCAGUCCAGCCUUGGUGGGGGGGGCCUUCGGGGCAAGGCUGUCUCUUAGAACUGGGGUCUGGGCCAAGGAGGCAGUUGAGAUAACACGGUCUGUAGCUGAAAGGUGUUCUUCCUUUUGUUUUGAAUAGUGUAGGGCCCUUUCCUCCUCGCAAAUGGGAGUGUUUUCAAUCUCUGGGCCCAUCUGUUCCAAACUGUCCUCUAAAGCAGACACCAGUGUGUAGCCAGUCUGCUGUUUUUAUAUGUUUUUCGUAAAUCCUCAGUAUCCAUUUUAAAGAUUAAUAAUGUCUCCUAAACAGUGCUUUCUUUUAAAUGUCUUCUGUUUUUGAGGGGGGGGUAUCCACACCUAAUGAUCUUCUGCCAUAGCCUAGCAAUGAGGACUUCAUUGUUUUCAAGAUCAGUUUUUAAAAGGAAUGAACAAGGGGGGAUAGGACCUGACAACUGUAAACAGGAAAUAACUUGAGUAUGGGUGGGGGGAACACACCCAACUACACUUUAUUAUGGAAAAGUGAGCCUCAGCUUUGCCUCAGACUCGUGUGGCAAGACUCCUUUCCUCCAUUUUAAUCUGCGAGUUAUUGUUUAAUGUGAGAAACUUAUUUGUGGGAGAUGAAAUGAGAUUUGGGGUUAACUCCAAAAACAUGAGUGUCUUAUAUGGGAUCAUGUGGAUACAUCUUAAUGAAACAAUUAACAUGGAAUAUUCUUAACACAGAUCGCAUUAGAACAGAAUGUUCAGAUUCCUGAGGGGGGCGCUAGCAAUCCCUAAAGAGGACCAGGGUGGGCGAGCUGGGCCUGCAGUGAGUUUUCAGGCGUGUCCUAACUGCACCCUCCUUCCCCUCCCUCCAGCCCCUGUGUGUGGCCUCAGGCCUGUCACACGGUCCACUGGGACCAACUACAGAGGAAUUGACCCUAAAAUAAUUUUAAAGAGAUUUUUCUUAAAAACUUGAGGUGGAAACAUAAGUCUGGAGGGCCUCAACUGUAUUAAGAACAAAACAAGACAAAACUGACACAGGCUGUGGGAGGGAGAUGGUCUCUCCCUGGAUUACCUCACCUGCCAGCUUGGCUGGGAGGGCAAUUACUCCAGAUUUCAGUAGAAAGAAAUCAGUUACCAAUUCUUGGCAGAGCUACUUAUUUAUUCAUAUAUAUAAGCUAGGAUGAAGCAAUUCUAGAAUGUUCCAGCAUGUGAAACCAGUUUGGUUGUUAUUUAAAUCUGCUAAGGAGCUUGCACAAACAGACACCUUUCCAAAUUCAAGGUGGACCUUCUGCGUCUAGGUCUAUUUUGAAACAAGGCAUUUUUUUUUUUAAUUAAGUAAGAUUUGACAUAUUUUUUAAAGCUGCUAGAAACCUUUUAGAACACAUUAUAAAGACUAUGUGAAGGAAAUGAUAAAAAUAUACCAUUUAGCACCUAAAAAUAUCUGUGGGCUACUUACUGUGUGUCCGACACAGUUCUCAAGGCCUCAUACUUUCACAUUUAAUAAGAAUUACAGUGAUCCUAACUUUCUGGUUGUGGAAACUGGAGUAUAAGUGAAUUCGCCCAGGGUCCCACAGGGAAGUGAGUGACAGAGCUGAGCAGAGACCGAGUUCUAGUGCCUAAGGGAAUCCUGCAGCUGAGUUUAACACAAAACUGAAAAGAUAUUCUUAGACCACAGAAUGCAUGCAUCAGUUGGCAUCUGACACGCAUGCUGCUUGGGCUUCUGUGGGGUCCUCCCGAUUUGCACAACACUCUAGAUACAGUGACAGCUUACAAACCUGAUGCAGAAGUUCAAUCUCAUCUUGGAUACAUGUGUAAAUUAAAGCCCAGAGGGGGCUUUGACCUGCUCCAGGUCGUGAAACUACUUACGGACAAACUCCGACAGGAAGUUAAGUCUUCUGCUGCUGGGCCACCACUGUUCCUGCCACAGGACUUGCCUCCCUAAGUCGGCUGCUGGAGUUGAAUCUCCAUGUCUAACAGACUCGACCAGUUGCUUUCUACUGACCCUGUAGAUCCUAUCUUUUCUGCCAAGAUGGGGGUCUGCAUGAAAUGUUACAGAACAGGCAGAAAAAAGUGAGUUCAAUUGUUUCCGUCCUCCCAUCCUGAGCUCAUGUGCUAGUGGGUGGCACUCCGGUUAUCUCCUCAUACCUGCUGUUGCUUUUCCCAAAUGCACUGAUGUGGAGUCCGCUCGUUGGACAUUUCCCUGUGUAAAACGUGCACACCUUUUAGGUACUGAUGCUUCCCUGUGGAGUCUGGUAUACAGUAGUGUCAAACACAUGCCCUUAAUUCUUUAUAGCUUCAAAGUUGCUGGACUUUUGGCUCCAGUGGCAGCUCAAAGAAGUGCAUUGUCUGCGAUAUGUGAUCUUCUAAUCCUUCUGUUGUUUUGGAGUCAAGGAUCCUUGUUUUUUGAGUUCUAAGGAUCCUAUUCACUUAUGAGGCCAGUGGCUGUGAGGUGCUGGGAGGGCUUCCUUUAUGGGAAGGGCAGAGGUCUGCUAAGGCUAGCCCAGAGCAGCUCCUGCUAACAGCACAGUCUACACCGCCCUGUUUGUGCUUCUGUGCUGGGUGUCUCAAUGCCACGACUCGUGGUUCUGUAACGUGAUGAUUCGGUGGUCCCGUGGACCUUGGAGCCUGUUGGUGGCUCUCCCUUGUUUUUUUCAGGUGAAUGCUUUGUGCCACGAAGCAGGCUUGUGUAUCUGGGUCUUUACAAAUGAAUGUUUGCUGUUGUGUGAAAGCAGGUUUUGAGGUCUGCUUUCCAUUCCUUCCAGGUACUGCUUUUCCUCCACUGUGUCCCCUUAAUAUUUAUGGAACUGUUGUGGAAAGAAGUUUAAUGUGACAAAAGCUAAAUAAAGUGUUUUUC